AUGCAUCCUGUCAAGGAAAAACCUGCACGUGAGACUGGUUUAUGUGAUGACGAAGCAGAUGAGGACGUCCACAAAAGCGGAUACAAUGAGCUACUGUUCUUCGAUUUUGAGUGCAUCCAAGAGAAUGGUACUCACGAACCGAACUUGUGCGUAAUUCAAAACGAGGCUGGUGACGAAUGGAUGUUUCAAGGAGAUAAUACCAGGAACGAGUUCUGCGAAUGGUUGUUCACGAAAGAACAUGAAGGAUGCAUCAUGGUGGCCCAUAAUUUCCAAGGCUACAAUGGUUAUUUCAUCCAACAAUACCUACACGAGAACGGUGUUAUUCCUGAAGUCAUCAUGCGUGGUGCCAAGAUCCUUACGAUGUACGUACCUAUGCUCAAGAUUAAAUUCAUCGAUUCCUUGAGUUUCAUACCGAUGAGACUGGCUGAUUUUCCCAAAACCUUUGGUUUGAACGAGUUGGCAAAAGGAUAUUUCCCUCACCUCUUCAACAGAAACGAAAACCAGAAAUAUGUUGGACCCCUACCACCGAGUCCUUAUUACCAUCCCAAUGGAAUGAAUCCAGCAGAGAAAGAGACGUUUUUGAAAUGGCAUCAGGAAUUGAAGGAGAACAAUUAU